AUGAUUUACUUAAGUGUACUGCUGGUUAUUCCAACUGUCAUUAGUACAAGUCUGAAUUGUUAUUCAAAUGCUGGUGUUACUUUACCAUCGAAUACUGGUGAUGUUUUACCAUCGAAUACUCGUGAUGUUUUACCAUCGAAUACUGGUGAUGUUUUACCAUCGAAUGUUGUUCUUCAGAGUAAUUUAACGCUUGAAUCUUGCCAAUGUUUCUUCAUUCAACAAAAUACUUCAUGUUUUCAAUACGACACGAAUACAAAUUCGUGUUAUACAUUUAAUAUUAAUUUCUUACAAGCUAUCCUUCGAAUACAAUUGAAUUCUCUAGUAUGCUUUAUCAAUAAUACAUCGACGCUAUAUCCAGUAACUAUACCUGCUACUACAAGUUUACCACCUAGUCCUAUUAGCACAUCGAUAUCUAUUACAGGCAGUAAUUAUUAUCAAAUUGAAACUAUAUUCUUGAACAAUUCUAUUUCACUAACAACGCUGCUCGUUGUUAUAACCGUACCCAAAACGUUUGGAUUAUCUGGUCCCAGUUCUUAUACAAACUUCUGGUCUAAUACGGUUACUAACAAUAUCACUGAUAUGAAUGCGACUGUUAUUUACAGGUUUCAACUUAUUGAUCAAAAUACAAUUGUACCAGGAACAUGGGGCAUCAAUGUUCAAUUUAAUUUAAAUGGUGCUGGAAGAAGACCUACAAGUAACGAUACGUAUUCAAUACAAGUAGGUUCAUAUCCAGAAAUUUACGGACAUUUUUAA